AUGUCCGACAAAGACCUCCUCAACAUCGUAUCCCAAGAACUCGCCGGGACUCGGUAUGCCUCGUCCUCUCUAACCCCACUAAGCGGGGGAACCGCCAACUUUGUCUAUCGGGCUCAGCUCGAUCAACCGCUCCCAGAUGGAACAAAAUCCGUUAUAGUAAAGCAUACGGAGGCAUUCAUUGCCCUUAAUCGGGAAUUUAAACUCCCGGCUGAGCGCUGUCUUUUCGAGGAAUCUAUCUUGAAGGCCCUCGAUGGGUUCUCUAGCAUACUUGACACUACCAAGAAUACUGAGCCACACGCUAAAGAAGUGAUGGUCAAAACGCCUCGUCUCUUCUCAUUCAAUCGCGAAACCAACACUGCUGUUAUAGAAGAUCUUCCCGAUUCUCUGGACCUAAAGUCCUUCCUAAUCUCCUCAGCUACUUCCAACAACGUCACUCAAGAAUGGGCUUCUUCUAUAGGCUGUUCACUAGGAGCAUGGCUACAAUCAUUCCAUCACUGGGCUGAUAACGCGGCCCAAUCAGGGGUGGCGGCCGAGAUGGACAAGAACCAGUAUAUGAGAGACUUGAAGUUCAUGGUCAACUACGAUGCUCUGGUGAAUACAAUUGAUAAAUACCCGACAAUACUUGGAAAUUCCCGGUAUGUGUUCAGCAAGGUUCGGGAAAUGGCGACCGCAGAGCUGAGUCGAAAGGAUGGAAAUGGGUUUGGGAUCAUUCACGGUGAUUUUUGUGUCCUUAUCCCCAAAACGGCCCUCGAGCAACCAAAUCACCUUCCAUUAUUUAUCAUCGACUGGGAACUUUGCCACUGCGGUGCUCGAGCCCUCGACCUUGGCCAGAUGUUCGCUGAGCUCUACCUGUUGAAGCAUUUCAAGGACAUCGAUGCCGCGACGUGGAUUAUCCAAGGCUUCAUGAAGGGAUACCAGGACCUGGAUGAUGAGACGGCCUUUCGGGUAUUGAUCCACGUUGGCGUCCAUUUUAUUGCCUGGGCACCUCUAAUUCCUGGCUGGGGUACCUCGCAGCAGGUUGAAGAUGCUGUUCGUCUGGGUAGAGAUAUCGUCACCAAGGCAUGGGAAAAGGACAGGAGCUGGUUUGAAGGGGUAUGGAAGUCACUGUUUUGA